AUGAACACUGAAGGUUUGACAGAGACAAAAGCUGAGCAUGCUGAUCAACAAGCGACUAACACUACCGAGGCGGGUGAACCACAAGAGCAUGUUGAACCAGCUGAACAAUCUCCUCAACCACUAUCGAGGCGGGUGACACGGUCACAAGCUGCUUCUUUGAGCUUUUGA